AUGUUACAGCUUAAACAUCUAUUACCAACGUUCCUUCGGUGUUCUGUUGGUAAUGGUACCACCGCUUCCUUCUGGUUUGAUUUCUGGACAGAAUUAGGGCCUCUACAUUUGUUAUUCGGCUCUACUGCAUCUAGGACACUAAGGCUUCCAAUCUCUGCAACUGUUGCUGAUGCAGUCAGGGAUGGUCACUGGAACCUCCCUUCAGCUAGAAGUCAAAAUGCAGUAACACUGCAGAUUGUUCUCACCACCACUCCGGUCCCCGCUCCUGCUAACGACAAAGACUCCUUUCUUUGGAGAUCUCACACGGGUGGGUUUGGGGCUAAAUUCUCUUCUUCAGUCACUUGGGAUUUUUUGCGUCAACGAUCUCCCGCAGUUGAGUGGCAUGAGAUUUAUCACCUCCCCACCAUCGGAUCUCUCCUCUGUGGUUUUGAUGAUUACAAGAUACAAUGGCCUAUAUUUAUCACAAGUGAAGACUAUCAUGAAGCUACUACUGCAGGUUAUUGUGUACUCCCUAUGGCGCGAGCGUAA